AUGACAAUGGUCGUCUUUCUGUUCUGUUAACUGGUUGUUAAAUCACUUGACAAGCUACCUGACAAUAUAAGUUUGUCGGUCAUGUUUAUCUAUUAGGCAUUAUUAUGACACGAGACUUAAGAUAUUGGAGUAGGCUGACCACUGAAGUUCUUAGAAGAUUCAGUGCAUGCUUAUCUAUUGGUCAUCGCAAUGUAAUUUCUUAAGUAUAUAGUGAUAAGUUUAUUCAAUAGGGUGGUACCAUGGGUAGAAGAUUCGGUGAUUCCUGAUCUGAUUUCACCUCGGGCCAAAAUUCCAAAGAAACUUGUAUUGAGAGCAUUGAAGAGAAGUUAAUUUCAUUAUUUGGGUAGUGAUAUAUUGAUUCUCAUUUUCUAGUCAUCGACAUUAAUUUAAGGUUUUACAUGGUCCGUAUCAUCAUUGUCCAUUGGGUUGUAUCUGUCUGUUGAGCUUUAUGACACACGAUAUACAAUGGACAAUCUGUCACUUUCCUUCAUUUUACAGCAUUCUUUAUUUACUUCUAUCAUCAGAUUCUAGACUAUUACGAUUAUUUUAAUUUCGCAUAUUUCACUUUUUUGCGAUCGUAUUGAAGAACGCUCCAUCUCAGUGUGAAACUAGCGUGGUGUACAUCAUUAUGAUAAUAUAUACAUACAUAUCUGCAGACUUGUACAUAUUCUUCGCAUACCAUAUUGUUGCUGUGCGCUGUACUUCACUGCAUUGUAAUGUGUGGCAUCUUUAUUGGUUUCAUAUUCCCUUAGUUGGGUUUGUUUUCCUUCUGGUAUUUGAAUGAAAUCACAUCUAUGUCUAACUGGUUCUUGUGGAUCCAUAAUAAUUGGUAUGGUGCUCUAGAACACUCUUCUACAUGAACUUAUGAUCAUCCUACGUUUGCAUUUCAGUACUGGGUCAGCCAGGGGAACAAAUGGUGCGACUUUUGCAAGAUUUACAUAUCAAACAAUCCCUUGAGCAUAAGAACUCAUGAGCUCGGCAAACGCCACAAAGAUAAUGUCACUGCGAGGCUGGCGACCAUGAGAAAAGAAAGUGCCGCCAAAGAAAAAGAGAAGAAGGAAGCGGCCAAGGCCCUAGAGCAAAUUGAAUCGGUGAGCCUAUAAUUUCUCAGGUCUUUGUCAUCUCAGCCAUAUUCAACCGAAGUAUCUAGGUAUUCUGAGGCGAAGGAUCAUUCCUAUUUUAUUGACAAAGAUCGAAAUCUUGGUCUAUGACUUUGACUUGUAUGCCUGUGCAAUAUGCACACUUAUGUUUGUACCUUCUGCUUCUUGAUAGAAUGCCUUUCUUGCCCCAGAAAGCCCAACGCAGCUACCAGAAGGAUCUAGCAGCUUUUGAGAAGGCCAAUCAAUCAGUUCAACAUACGCCCUCGGCACUUGGCAAUGAUUCAAAAGGUACUUCUAGGGUCGGCUUUUUUUUUAAUUUUAAUGCUUUUAUAAUUCCGCAGUGAAUCUCUUCACUGAACAAGGGCGCUAUUCUUUGCCCAUUGGAGAUAUCCUCUUGUUGCUCGGUGUUAUUCAUUUCCCAUAGAUUUCGUGCAUUCCAGAGUGGGAGCUUGAUGCUCCUUUUGGGAUAUUAUCACGACUCAACAAACGGAUAUUUCUAUGAGCCCAACUCUCGACUCUACUUCUCCAACGAAGUCGACAACUCUCUCUCUGUCUCUCUCUCUCUCUCUCUCUCUCUCUCUCUCUCUCUCUCUCUCUCUCUCUUUCACACACACUGGCUCUGUGGAAUUAAUACGGCCCUGUGUUUACGCUUUUUUUUUUUUCCUUACAUGCGACAUCAGGGAAACGGGUGAAGCAGGAAGAGUCUACACUGGCAUCAGCAGGUGGCCCGCCGCCGGGGCCGGUUAUCUCCAGACCUCUGGCGUCAAUGGUCUCAACAAAGCCUGUCAAGGGUGUGCCAUCGUCGGUUUCGCUUGCAAAGAGGAAGAGGGCGGAUGAGAAGCCGAAGGUUGUGUCCAACGAGGAAGCGGCCGCCCUGAGAGCCAGGGAGGCGGCUCGGAAGAGGGUGGAAGAGAGGGAGAAACACUUGCUUGGCCUAUACAAGUCCUACUGA